AUGGGUACAUUAUCUUACAGUAAGGAUCAGCUGGACUGGAGCACAUGCUGGAGCAACAGUCUGAAAGAGAUUGCAGGCCUCCUGCCCAUAUCUAAGCCUAGGAAUGGCCGAGGACUCACCAAGAAGGAGACUCUGGUCCACAUGCUGCGCUAUUUUGACUUUCUUCAGAGUAGGAUCCAGACCCUGCAGAGCCGCUUGCCCCCACACUGCAUCCCCAAGCAGGAACCCGACACAGGGUCUGAGAGUGAAGAGAACACCCUCUCUGAUCACUGCACCCCCCCUCACACUCUAAAGGCCAAGCGCAAAUAUGUUUGCAGCCGUUCCCGCAAGAGACCUGCCCCCACCUCAGAGCUCCAGUCUAGUGAUAGCCAUGGGGCGUGGCCUGUGUAUGACAGCGACUCCCAGCCGAGCUCCCUGGAUUCAGGCUUCAGCCUAAAUCAGCUGCUCCCCCUGAGAACGCCUCUGGAGGGGAGCAGUGGGACUCUGUGGACUCCAUCCCCAACACAGAGAGGCCACUGCUUUGUUUGUGAGGACCGCACAGGCAGCGAGAGCAUCCCAUCAGGGAGCGGGGUCCUAGACACUCCAACUACGCCAAUUACUGGGCCAGGAUCACUUUUCCUGAAGGACCAAAUGCUUGGGGUAAUCCCACCCAUGCGAGGGCGAAGGGAGCCCUUCCACAGCCCUGCUGCCACACCCCAACGCCCUACCCUGCUCCCCCUGCUGCCGCUGUUUGGGACUGGGGAGAGUCUGAACCUCAGCCCCUCCCUCCUCACAUCCCCUGCCCGGGGCCUCAGCCACUGCCUGUUGCCUGAGGGCCAGGAGGAGCUCCAUGUGCUAUUCGAGGAUGUUUGGGUCACCCCUAAAACGACCCACACCAAAGUCUCCUGCCUGCCCUGCCAUGACCCCAAUGACUCAAUGUCGGAGGGUGAAGCUGAAGUCAGGCAUGGCCGAGGAGGGUGGCUGUCCUCCCUGAGCGAGGGGGAGGAAGGGGACAUCACCUGGACCCCCAAGCAACAGCAACUCCCUCUGAAGUCAAAGACCAGUAGCACAGGACGGCACCGCAGAGCCAAUGCCUCCACCAAGGGUCCCCCUCGCACCCCUCUUAACCUGAAGAAGAAGUGUGUCAACGGCUUCAUAAUGUUCUGCCGCAUCAACAGGAAGACCUACCUCCGUACCCACCCUGGCACCCCAUCUACUGUGGUCACCAAGGAGCUGGCCAGCCUGUGGCACGUCAUGCCCAAGCAGGAGAGGCAUGUCUACUGUCUGAAGGCUCGUCACUUCAGCCGCCAGCAGAACCGUAACGUGAGGAGUGAAUUGGUGGAGGGAGGCGGAGAGGAAGAGGACUGUGUACCCAGCCCCCUCCACAUGCUGCUGGCCCAGAGAGACCUGUGUGCUGCAGCCAGAGGAGGCCCCUAG